AUGUCUGGUGUUAGCUUGCUAGAGGGCAAUGUGACUGCCUCUGUUAUACAAGAAGUUUUAAAUGGACUCAAGGAACGCAAUGUGGCUCUCACUUUGAUUGAAAUAUUGACGAUACUAAAGACGGUUAUUCCAGUAUACCCAUCGCUGAGACGAGAAAGCAAGAACUUACUUUUAAUACUGAUCUCAGAUAAUUACAAUUUUAUGGCACAACUGGCUUCCUUCACGUCUUCAAUCCCAAUAAAACAGGUAGAAAGGAAGAUUUAUCAGCAGGUUAUAAUUGAUACCAUGAAGAAUAGGUGCGAUUGUCUUCGCAACUACAUGAGCCAGUCAACAGACACAAAAGUACAACGUAACAAUCUCAAGGCUCUCAUGUUCGGUAGUAAAUUAUUCAAUGUCCUAUCGUCUACAAUAGAUAUUGUAGAUUACUUGGAGUGCCUGCGGGAACAAUGGAAGUAUGUGUUGGAAAGGGCUGAACCAUUAGACGCUGUAUAUGGUGAGCUUUUAACAGCCAGUUUUAUAUUGCAUCCUACCCUUGCAGAAGACAUCUUAUUAAACGGUUUCUUCUAUACCAGGGAAAGCUAUUUCCAAUCGAUGAUCACUACUGUGAACACGGCUUCGUCAUUAGAUCAACAGAGGCUGAUAAAGAACUUUAUUAUCCCUCAUUUGGACCUUCAUAUAAAUGAAUCAAAUACCAAUUCAGUGAUCAACGUGUUGAGGCAGUUACCACUAGACUGCGACAUCGAUCUGUCUUACAUUCUGACGUUAAAAUCACUGAUUUUACAAAGUUGCAUUAUAAGGUUGUUGCUAACAAGCUCUCAAAACGAAUUGGUGAGCCAUCUGCUGCAGAGAUUUGGGCAGCCUGAUGAUGCCCUAGAUGAGAGGAUUUGUCAGCUCCUUGUAGUCAGCCUGAAGUAUGCCAAUGAUCCAUCUUUGAAAGCUAAUAUCGGCGGUGAUAAAAACCUGUUGGAUGGAGUCACGGCCAGACUAAUGCAUAAGGAUAAUCUUCUGAGAGAACGCACAAUGUAUAUCGCAAAAGUGGUCACCGAUGGUGGGUUGAAGUAUGAAAGUGAUUUCAUUAUUUCUAUUCCAGAGUUCGAGUUUCCUCAAAAUGAUUUCAAGAUAGACUUCAACUCUUUGAGAGAUCAAUUCCAAGAUAUCAAGUCUUCGACAGUAUUACAAACCGAAGUAAGGAAGUUGUCCCUCAUGGAAGAUAGUGACGAUGAGGACGACGAGGAGAAUGAAAAUGAGAGAGAUAUCGUGUUCUUGAAGGAUCUAGUGGCCAAAUAUGCAAGAUUGGAUUCCAACAAGAAGAUAAGACCGUUGCCCCUCUUAAAGCUGACAGUGAAGCUCGUGCGACAGAAGAAAGACUUUCCUAUCGAAGUCUCAUACUACAGUUCUGAAUUAUUGGUUAGCAUAUCGUCCUUGAACAAUGAUCUUGAGGAAAAAGAUUUUGAACAAUGGCGUAUCAAUGCCUUAUGUAGUAUAGUCGUGGUAACACCUGAGACGGUGACCGAUCUUCACAAGAUUCUUUUUACCUCCGAGCUAUCUUUGCAACAAAGAAUGUCGUUACUAUCAAGUCUUGGUCUAUCAGCAAGAGAGUUGCGGGGUUAUGCCGAUGAAUCUAUUGUGAAGCCGCAAAACAAUUUUCCUACUUCUCGGUUACCUUGGGACAAGCAGACAGAGUCGCAUUCAACUUCAGCUCAACUAAGUUCUAUCGAAGAAUUACCAACAGAACGCAUUGUAUGGAAAUCAAAAAAGUUACUGACAGAUGGCCAAGAGCAACUCAAUGCAAACAAGUUCAGAAAAUACUCGAGACUUUUCUUCUAUCCACUGGCUCACGGAUGGCUUGAUGGGAUCGACUUAGGUAGUUUUACGGAUUUGUUCAAGACACAUUAUCUCAUGACGCUACACAUAAUCUACCAAUGUGCAUACCCUGUUCAUGACUAUGACUCAAUGACACGACUCAUGGAACAAAUACUGCUACAAGCAUCACAGCAGGGAAUUAGAUUUUAG